CUUUCCUGCAAUAAUAAUCAAUCAUCUCAGAUCUAAUCAACAAAUAUUAUAUCAUGCAUUCACAUAAGAACGACCAUACAUAUUUCUCCCAUUUACCUUCUUCACAAUCAACAUGGCAACAUAAUUCAUCCUUACAACAGGGACAAUAUCGAACUACCGAAGAAAACAUACCACGAAAACGACACCGACUGAGUGACAAUUCAGAUCAACACCCUUAUGGACAUUCUCAACAAACACGACAAAUGGGAGAAUCCUCACAACAACAGCAACAAGAAGAAGAAAAGGAAAAUAAACAGCAACGACGGCAUAAGGAAACCAAUCCAGAACACAACCCAUAUGACGCUUCCCUAUUAGAAGAAAUUAAACAACUAAGACUACGUGUUACCCAGCUUGAAAAUAGGGCAUCAUCUGCAGAGAACGGCUUUAUAGAACUGACAGCAUUGAAGGAAACAGAGCCACAACGACAGUUACGAUUAUAUAAAGAACAUGCAGAAGAGCGAUUUGCAGCAUCUGACGAAGAAGUACGGAAAUUACAUGAAUUAGCGAAAGAUCAAGAGCAACAUAUAAGCAAAAUAACUGCUGAAUUGGAAAAAACUCAAGCCGAACUGAUUACAACCAAAAGACGACAGGAAAUUGCAACCACACCUAAAAGAGAUACCCUGGAAAUCCGUCUGACCAGAGAAAUGGAAAAAUACAAAAGUAAAUAUACACAUGCAAGUACUAGAGCAACAAAACUCAAAGAUGAAAUGGAACAAUUACAAAAGGCAUAUAAAGAUUUGGAACAAUCAAGAAGCUUAAUAACAUCAACAGAUGAUAAGGUUGCAUUUUAUCAAAGGAUGACUGGACUGGUGAUUACUGAUCAUGAAAAGAAGCACAACCGGGAUACUUUUACUUGUAGUCAAAGUGGAAGAUAUGGAGUGUUACAAUUCAAAUUGGUAUUCUUUAUCAACGAGGAAGGGGAAGCAACAACAAGAUAUAUACCAAUACCAGAUGGAAGGAUGGAUCGAAAAUUACCAUCAUAUAUGAAUGAUGAAAUAGAAAUCAAGGAAAAGGAUGCGAUUUUAUUCUUAUUGCGAAUGAUGACCAAUCUGAACAAGGCUCAAGAAUGAACUCAAUAUACUUCUUAUGAAAUAAAAUUUUUAUAUGUUUGCACAGA